CACACACGCCUCACUCGCUCUCAUGAGCCCACCUCAAAGAUGCGGCGGGCCUUUCCCAGUAGAGUGGCAUGAGAACCCCCUUCGUUGGUUUACUGAAUCGUUCAAUUUUCGGCUCAAUCCUAACUUGGUUUGCACUGGCUCUUUGGAGGGUGCAGGUCUUCACGCUGCCUCACUCUCCGGGUGCAUAGAGUAUCUCAGAAAUCUUCGCAAUCAAUGGAAUGGCGGAAAGUUGGAACUGCCCUCUGACUGGAUGUUUUCUGAGGCCCAGCUGGAAGAGCCAAUAGUAUCCUUUCUCAGGGAUGAACACCCAUUCAUGUCUCAAUUAAUGAUUGGUGCCACAUUGGCGCCAAUCCAGCAUAUGCUAUCCACGCUCACCACUGAAGAAGUCGAUUCCCGGAACGACUCGCCUAUGGAUUUGCGACCUGACUUUCUGCUAUCUACCUCCCGCGUGUUUCUUGAAUCUCAUUGGACUAUUGAAGGGCGAGAUAACCGAAUUUUUGGUUCCCUACAACACGACACGAGAUACACUUCAAGUCAGCUUCAUUCACUUCUCAUACACAACGAAGAGUGUGCAUCUGCUGACGACAUGCUUAUGUAUUCACUCUCUGGCUCACCGGGUUGUUGGGUACUAAGAAAGCCUCGAUUGUGUUUCCCGGAAGAAUAUCAGCCUUCUCAAUCUACAGAUCGCAUCCGUUUCUGCGUUGUCAGGCAUCCAAUCACUCCCCUGAUGGCCGAGUCAAAGCGGGUUGAUCAACACCUUCCUGUGUCCUUUUCCAACCCUGCUUUAAUUAUAGGCGCCUACGAUCCCGGGGACGAAUUAGUGUCUUCUGAGACUCUUGGGGACAUCUCCCAUGUUGUUCGCGGCAGUCUAGCGAGCUUAUUGUUAGCCUCAUUCCAUCGGCAACGAAUCGCGCCUUACAGCAGUGGAUUCUGGACGAAAGGAUCAUCAGAUCGCUCAUUGUCUGAGCUUUUGAUGGUAUUUGGCCUUGUCUGGCGACCGAGUUGUCUUAAACUCCUGGCAUUCAUUCCAUUCUGGGACGAAGCUUCCGGGGAGUAUCUCAUAGCAUCCUCAGAAGUGGACACCUUCCACUUUGGGCAGUACCCGCCAGAGAAGGAUCAAACUGAAGAACUCAUGACUGGCCCGAACUCUCCUUAUCUUGAACGCAUCCGGCUGUUUCUUGCUCUGAAAUCCAUAUCAAAACAUGCAUUCCGACUUUGUGACAUCUUUGAUGCCUCGAUGCCAUGGCCACCGUUUGAUGUUUGUGAAAUGGAACAGAAGUGGCACCUUCUUUAUCUUCCAGAGGAUGGACGCACAGAGGCGCUGGACGAUACCUCCCACUUCGAUAUUGAAGAAGCAGAGACCUAUGCUCAGGAGGAGGAAGCCGAAGAACCGGAUGAGGAUGGCAUCUAUGGUCACAGCGACGGUUCUGAUUCGGACGAAACUUCCGUCUCUACGACAACUGACCCCAGUCUUGCUCGCCAGCCCGUUGACACUACCCGCAUUGAAGCCUGGUUGGACACAAUGUCGACCGAAGAUUGAUAGCUCCUGGAAGGGCUUCAAUGACUUUGGCGGUUAACUUGUAUCUUUGGUCUCUGUCAUACUGUCCUUGCCCUUUGUCCAAACAUCUUAUCUUCACUAUGUUCAAAUCUGAGCAUCGUGAGGUGUUUGUAAUCACAUGAGCCGGCCAGAUCAAAGAGAAAUAGAUUGAGUCUCUGGAUAACAUCAACCC